CUAGAUGAGUAUUUAUGCAUGUCCGACCGAACUGGGUAUCAGUUAAUUACGCGAAGAUGACCGGCGCCGGAGCCACUUCGCCGAGGAAACACUUGGCCGCUUGUUGUCUAUCGCACGAGUUCCACAAACGCGCUUCCGCUAACCCAAACGGGAUUGCAGUGAUACACGCUUGCGGCGGUGGUCGGCUAUCGCAAGGAUUCUGCCGCAAUGAGAAAGGAGACAGUAGCGAGCAAACCUCAAUCGGCUUCGAUGAGCUCGUACCGGAGAAGAGGGUUUCAUUUCACCCUAUAACUUACGAAGGCGAUAUCUGCUUCACUUUCUCUGACAUUCUCUCGGCCGUCGAUUCUCUUAGUUCAAGGCUCCGCCGGAUUCUCGACGGCGAUGAUGUUUCUCAUCCUACUGAACUGCAUUCAGGGAAUGACAUACUCAGGGAUGAGUCAGUACAGGUUAAGAAUUCUGGAUCUCUGGAUUCUUCUGGUCCACGUGUACACCGGUUCAAUGAAUCUCAAAAGACAUAUACUCCAAAAGUAGUCGGAAUAUAUAUGGAGCCAUCUAUUGAAUACAUUGUUACGGUCCUCUCUGUACUAAGAUGCGGAGAGGCUUUUAUGCCUUUGGACCCAUCAUGGCCUAACGAGAGGAUAUCACGAGUACUAUCAUCUUCAAAAGCAGAACUCGUUGUUGGUUCUAUUGAAGAUUACAUAAAAAAGAAUGAUUUUGUUUCGUUGGAUUUAGUGUGGCCUUGUGAAAGGGAAAGGUUAAGAUCAUUCUGUUACCUGAUGUACACAUCUGGGUCUACUGGGGAGCCUAAAGGUGUAUGUGGCACUGAAGCAGGUCUUCUGAAUCGCUUUUUAUGGAUGCAAGAAUUGUACCCCUUACAUCUUGAAGAUCGGUUGCUCUUCAAAACAUCAAUAAGCUUCAUCGAUCAUUUGCAAGAGUUUCUUGGAGCUCUGCUUGCCACUUGUACGUUGGUUAUACCCCCUUUCAAUCAGCUCAAAGAAAAUCUGUUUUAUAUUGUCAAUAUUUUACAGGAUUACUUGAUUGGGAGGAUUAUAGCCGUUCCAUCAUUUAUGAGAGCAAUUCUUCCUGCACUAGAAAGUGCACAUUUUAGGACUAUUCAAAGUUCUUUGAAAGUUUUAGUAUUAAGUGGUGAAAUUUUACACCUUUCCCUGUGGAAGGUCCUUGUGAUGUUACUGCCCCGGACAGCUAUUUUGAAUUUAUAUGGGAGUACAGAGGUUUCUGGUGACUGUACAUACUUUGAUUGCAAGAAUUUACCUCUGAUCUUGGAGCAUGAAAAUCUGAGUGAUGUUCCUAUCGGCUUGCCUUUGUACAAUUGUGAUAUUAUGCUCCAUGGAGAUGGCGAUCCCAUUGAAGGAGAGAUAUGUGUCAGUGGACUCUGCCUUUCAGCAGGAUACUUUAAAUAUCCAUCUAUUUUGCCAUUGGAUUAUGUAGAAUUAUCUCAGGGCUAUGACAGUGAUAGCCCCAACCUUAGAGUUCAACGAUAUUUUAGAACCGGGGAUUUUGCUAGAAAACUUCAAAACGGGAACUUCGUUUUUAUAGGUAGAAAAGAUCGCACUGUAAAGAUUAGUGGGCAGCGCAUUGCUUUGGAGGAGGUUGAAAAUGUUUUGCAGGAACAUCAAGAAGUAGCUGAUGCCGCUGUUAUUUUCCGUAAUGAAGGAGAUAUUUCACUCCUGGAAGCGCAUCUGAUAAUGAAGGAUAAGAGUGAACACGUUGACAUAUUGGGUUCUAUCAUGAAUUGGAUAGCUAGAAAACUCCCACCGGCUAUGGUUCCUAUUCGUUUCAUCUUUGCCGAGUCAUUUCCCACGUCUUUUAGUGGAAAAGUGGAUUACAACCUAUUGGCAAGUAGUUGUGUGUGCAACACAGUGUUCAAUAGCAGGGUCGAUGAAACUCAAGAUUUGGAUCUGAUUCAAACUAUCAAGAAGGCUUUUUCUGAUGGUCUAAAGGUUGAUAACAUCUCUGAUAAUGCUGAUUUUUUUGAGAUGGGUGGUAAUUCUAUUUCCGCUGCCUAUGUCUCUUACACUUUAGGAAUCAAUAUGAAGGACUUGUAUACUUUCCCAACACCAAAGAAGCUUCAGCUGGCACUUCUGAGAAAUGAAGUUUCAUCCAUUCAUGAUCUUACAUCACGUGCGUCAAAAGGAGUCGAUUACAAAGCGCCAGACAACAGCAAGUCUCUUUCUGUCAAUUCAAAGGAACCAUGUCAUAGUAGAAGAGUGCCCCUUAGCAGACAAUCUAUUAAGCGCCUUAAGAUGAACUCUGACGGAUCUAUUGAUGUUAGUGCAAGAGACGGUUCCAAUUCCAACUUGGAUCUUAUCAAAUGUUCAUUUAGUCGAUGCAACCAUGUGAAGCAUGCCGAUAAAUGUGGGGGGGAUAAAUGCUAUAUUGUGCGCAUGCAAGAAUUUCCAAGCAAUGGAAAAGUUUCAAUACGAGAAUACUUGAAAGUUCACAUGGACUCUUGUGUUGAUGCAUCACCACUAAUUGUGUAUACAAAAAGUGAUGUGUAUGUGUUUAUAGGAUCUCACUCCCACAAGUUCGUUUGUAUAAAUGCCAACAGGACACUAGAAUGGCUUGGAGUUUGGUAUUUUGGCAUAAAAUUUGUACUUGGUAUUGUUCAAUGGAUGGUGAAAUUAAAAGGAAGAAUUGAAUGUUCAGCCGCAAUAGUUGGUGAUUUUUCUCAGAUUGUUGUUGGUUGUUACGAGGGAAAUAUUUAUUUUCUUAGUUUUUCAAAUGGCAGCACACUUUGGAGUUACAGAACACAUGGAGAGGUCAAAUCACAGCCAGUGGAAGACAAAUCCAAGCACCUGGUCUGGUGUGGGUCACAUGACCACAACCUUUAUGCCCUGGACUACAGAAGCUAUAGCUGUGUUUUCAAAAUAUCUUGUGGUGGAAGCAUAUUUGGCUCACCUGCAAUUGAUGAGAUGCAAGAAAAACUUUAUGUGGCAUCAACAAGUGGACGGCUAACAGCAGCAUCUACUGAGACUCAGCUGUCUCAUGUACUAUGGGUAAAAGAUCUGGGAGCCCCUGUUUUUGGGCCGCUCUCCAUAAACUCUACAUAUGAGAUAGUGAUUUGCUGUCUUGUUGAUGGAAGUGUUCUUGCGUUGGAUGUGACUGGGGCAAUUGUUUGGAAGGGAAGAACAGGUGGCCCGAUAUUUGCAGGACCAUGCAUGUCACCUACAUUGCCAUCUCAGGUGCUUGUUUGUUCAAGAGAUGGCUGCAUCUAUUCAUUUGACCUGGGAAACGGGAAAUUAAUCUGGAAACACAGUGUCGGAGAUCCCAUCACUGCAUCUGCAUACAUCGAUGAAAACUUGAUUUUGGUUCACGAUCACCACCCUCUACCCCGGAGGCUCAUCUGUGUAUGCACCAGUUCUGGAAGCAUUCAUGUGCUUCAAGUCAACUCUGAUCAUCAUAAUGAAGCAGCAACAAAGUCAUCGCCCGAGGAAGGUGUGAUGAUGGUACAGGAAAUCAUUAGCUUUGAUCUUGGAGGUGAAAUAUUUUCGUCCCCUGUGAUGAUCGGCGGAAGCAUAUUUGUUGGAGCCCGGGAUGAUUACUUGCACUGCUUAAAGCUGGAUUUACAGGUUCUAACUCAAAACUUAAACUCAACCCUAUGUAUGUCUUAGGCAUUAUCAUAUGCACUCAUGGUAACACCAAUUAUGCCUCUUUUUAUACAGAUUUUCUUCUUCUUUCUUUCUUGAAUGCUUUUUACAAUAGACCUCUUCAUAAUAUCGAAAUGAUCGAAUGUGUGGCUCAGAAGUCUUAUUUCUCUAAGCAAAUUCUAAUCAUAUUUUUUUAAAUUUUUUUUAACAUUUUUUUUAGAAUUCAGUGAAAGUCAAACAAGUAAGUUUUUUUUUUUUUGCGAGACCGAAGGAGUAACCCACGGUACUUCGGGGAAAAAACUUUUUCACCACUU